UUACAACUCGUAAUCCUCCUCGGCCUGCCAUGGUGGACAUAGUGGACGAUUAUUUUUGUUUCAAGGGAGAUGUUUUGGCGUUUGUUGUGAGCGAGGCAGCGAGGCGACGACACCCGGCCACAUAUUACUCCCGGCACCAUGGCUUUGGCACUUAAUCCUGUUCAGAUUAUGAGAGCGGAGGCUGAGGAGGAACGUUCUGAGACGGCUCGCCUCUCCUCCUUCAUUGGUGCUAUUGCUGUUGGGGACUUGGUUCGCUCAACUCUGGGGCCGAGAGGCAUGGACAAAAUUCUUGUUGCAAUUGGAAGAAGUGAAGGUCAGAUCGAAGUAACAAAUGAUGGUGCCACAAUCUUGAGGAACAUUGGUGUGGAUAAUCCAGCUGCCAAGAUUUUGGUAGAUAUUAGCAAGACCCAGGAUGAUGAGGUGGGAGAUGGUACAACGUCCGUGGUUGUUCUGGCUUCUGAGCUGCUGCGAGAAGCAGAGAGGUUGGUGUCGAUGCGCAUCCAUCCACAGACCAUCAUAACUGGGUACCGCAAGGCCACAGACGUGGCUCGUGAAGCUCUCACAAACUCUUCUCAGGAUAACUCUGCCAAUCCAGCCAAGUUCAGAGAAGAUUUACUAAAGAUUGCCAAAACUACCCUCAGCUCAAAGAUCCUUUCUCAACACAAGGAAUUCUUUGCUCAGUUGACUGUUGAUGCUGUGUUAAGACUUAAAGGUUCUGGCAACCUUGAAGCAAUCCAGAUCAUUAAGAGGCAGGGUGGCACCCUUGGGGAUUCGUUCCUUGAUGAAGGGUUCAUCUUGGAGAAGAAGAUUGGUGUGAACCAGCCCAAACGUAUUGAAAAUGCCAAACUUCUCAUUGCCAACACUCCAAUGGACACAGACAAAAUCAAAGUUUUUGGCUCGAAAAUCUCUGUUGAAUCCACAGCUAAGGUUGCUGAAAUUGAAGUAGCAGAGAAGGAGAAGAUGAAGGCAAAGGUUCAAAAGAUACUGAAGCAUGACAUUAAUGUCUUCAUUAAUAGACAGCUGAUCUACAACUACCCUGAGCAAUUAUUUGCCGAUGCAGGUGUGAUGGCUAUUGAACAUGCCGACUUUGAUGGCAUCGAGCGUUUAGCACUGGUCACUGGUGGAGAAAUUGUAUCCACAUUUGAUAACCCUGAACUCGUCAAACUAGGGCGUUGUGAUUUAAUCGAAGAGUGUAUUGUCGGUGAAGAUCGGAUGAUUCGAUUAAGUGGUGUUGCAUUGGGAGAGGCCUGUACCAUUGUUCUGCGUGGAGCAACAAAUCAAAUUUUAGAAGAAGCUGAACGUUCUAUUCACGAUGCCUUGUGUGUCCUUACACAGACUGUUAAGGAAACACGUAUAGUUUAUGGAGGAGGUUGUAGUGAGACACUGAUGGCACGUGCAGUUAUGGAAGCUGCUGUCCGUAUCCCUGGUAAAGAAGCUCUUGCUAUGGAAUCUUUUGCUCGUGCUCUGCUCAUGAUUCCCACAAUUAUUGCUGACAAUGCAGGUUACGACUCUGCUCAACUAGUGUCUGAAUUACGGGCUGCUCAUGCUGAAGGCAAAUCAACAAUGGGUCUUGAUAUGGAUGAGGCCACAGUUGAUUGUAUGGAUACUGUUGGCAUUACAGAGAGCUACCAAGUGAAGAGACAAGUAUUGUUAUCAGCAGCUGAGGCAGCAGAGAUGAUUCUAAGAGUUGAUGAUAUCAUCAAAGCGGCCCCACGGAAACGCACAGAUGAUCAGUCGCACUGUUAGUGUUAUUGAGUAUUAUCUUUGCCUUGCAAAAUAGCGUUGAAAAGUUAAAUACAGUAGUGUUUGUAACUUCUAACUUACAUGGGGAAAUCUGGUCUUAAUAAUCUUUAUUUCUACAAUCUUGGACAAACUUAAUCUAUCUUGAAAUUUUAAGAGGCCCCAAAAGCCGUGGAUCAGCACAUGCUGAUGGAUUGCUAGAGUCCAUGAGCCUUAAUACAUCCAGGGGUUAAGAAUUCCUCGGGAGCUUCAAUAGUCCCUGCAUAUUUAACAAAAGACCAAGUGCAAUCCAAGAAUUACUGCAUUCCUAACUAAGAGGGGUAGAAGAGGGUUACAAACCUCACACAAGAUCGGGUGAUCAAAAGUGAAUCGAGAUUUCCUGCAUUAUUGUAUUUGGAUUCUCUAUCAAGAUAGUCUUGAAUGAGACGUAUUCGUGAAAUUUUUAUUUCGUAACAGUUGGCUGCGGAAAAUAAUACUGUGUUUUGCAAUUAUAUAAAAUAACAAUUUUUUUCCCUCCAAUUUUGGAAAUUAUAGUAAUUAAAAGUUUAUAAUGAG